AUGCAGAAGCUUGCUCAAACAGUUGUUGAUAGUCCAAAUGUCGACACUAUCGGCCCGGCCGAUGAAUGGAUCGAAUACUUCGCUUGGGAUACCACUGCAAACGGCUUCAUUGACCAGGAAAAAGACGUGGACAGCUUGAUCACAGAUCUGAGAAAAGGACCUCUUGAGUUUGUUCCGGUUUCGCAACUCUCGAGGGUCGACGCAUUUCUCCACAAGACUCCCAUCUACCGCAUGGAAACACCUUUGGUUUUGUCUCCGGUAGUGGUGGUGAUCGUGUUUUUAUGGGUCAAUAUCUAG